AUGACCGGCGGCGCAGCAGCAGCCGGAGCCGCCCCGCUGCCCCCGCCGCCGCUGCUGCCGCUGCCGGCUUUGCGCCUUUGCGCCCUCCUGGCCGCCGCCGCGCUGCUGAGCGCCCGGGCGGAGCCCACCUGCCAGCGCGUCCGCGCCGCCUUCCAAGCGCUCCAGCCCGGCGCCAAGGGGGGCCCCGAGACCCCCGGGCCAGGGUCGGAUUUGCAAGUGUGCAUCCCAAAAGGCUCGACGUGCUGCUCCAGGAAGAUGGAGGAGAAAUACCAAGCCAUGGCCCGGUCCAACAUGGAGCAACUCCUUCAGUCCGCCAGCAUGGAGCUGAAAUUCCUCAUCAUGCAGAACGCGGCCGUCUUCCAAGAAGCCUUCGAAAUGGUUGUGCGGCACUCAAAGAACUACACCAACUCCAUGUUCAGGAAUUACUAUCGCGAGGUAGCGGCCAGAGCUUUUAAAUUCGUGGGGGAAUUUUUUACCGACAUCUCUCUGUACAUCUUGGGCUCGGACAUCAACGUCAACGACAUGAUCAACGAAUUCUUUGACAGCUUGUUCCCGUUGGUCUACCCUCAGCUGGUGAACCCGGGCUUUCCCGAUCCAUCGGUGGAAACGACCGAGUGUCUGCGGCUCGCCAGGCGAGACUUGAAAGUCUUUGGCCACUUCCCCAAGGCCAUGAUGACGCAGGUGUCGAAGUCUCUGCAGGUGACGCGCGUCUUCCUUCAGGCACUCAACCUUGGCAUUGAGGUGGUCAACACCACCGACCACUUGAAGUUCAGCAAGGACUGUGGCCGGGGGCUGUUGAAAAUGUGGUACUGUUCCCAUUGCCAAGACCUCAUGAUGGCCAAGCCGUGUGCUGGGUUCUGUGGCGUCGUGUUGCAGGGAUGUCUGGCCAGCGUGGUUGAGAUUGAUGGCUACUGGCGGGAAUACCUCCGUUCCCUGGAAGGGCUGACCAAAGGCAUGCGGGGCAUUUACGACAUGGAGCACGUGCUUCUCAAUCUCUUCUCCUUGAUACGGGAUGCCAUUGUGCACAUGCAGAAGAACUCGGGGAAGCUGGUGGCGACGAUCAGCAAAUUAUGUGGCCAUUCCCAACAGAGGCAUUAUCGAUCCGUUUGGUAUCCGGAGGAUCUUUUCAUUGACAAGAGGAUGAUGAGGGUUGCCCAUGUGGAUCAUGAAGAAACUUUGUCCAGUAGGAAGAGGGAACUCAUCACAAAACUGAGGACGCACAGCGGUUUCUACAGCAGUCUGCCAGAAUACAUUUGCAGCCACAGUUCUGCUGUGCAAAACAAUACGCUUUGUUGGAACGGCCAAGAAGUCGCAGAAAGGUACAGCCGCCAAGCAGCAAGAAACGGAGGAAAAGCCCAGGUUGGCAACCAUGAAGUCAAGGUGAAAGGCCCCGAACCUGUCAUUAGCCAGAUCAUUGACAAGCUGAAGCACAUCAAUCAGCUGCUAAAGGGAAUGUCCGUCUCUCGCCGGAAAAGUCUGGACAAGCCGGACGACGAGGACGAAGCAGCGAGCGGGGACUGUGAUGACGAGGACGACUGCGGUGGUGUGGCAGCUUCCGGAAAUGGCGAAUUAAAAGUGAAGAACCAGUUGCGGUUCUUGGCAGAGCUGGCGUACGAUCUGGACACGGACGACAUUCCUUCCAACAAGCAGCUCUUGAAUCGACAAAGCAAAGAGGCUUCAGCAGUUUACAACCUUGGAUCGGGCGACGUGAAGCCGAAUCUUCACCUCCUGGCUGCUGUCCUCGUCACGUGGCUUCUCCCAUUGGCCAAGUGACUGGAUCUGACCUUGUCUGUGGCUCAGCCUCUGUCUGUGACAGUUUGCCUUGUGGAGAUUCCUCACAAACUCUCCUUCCUCCUCCUGAGGCAUGCAGAAUGAGCAACUUUAAGCAAGUUUCAUUUUAAAAAAAAAAUACAGUAAGAAGAAUGACCAGGAAGGGUUAGGUUUAGCAAACAAGUUACAGAUUUUUAAAGAAAUUGUGUUUAAUAUUAAGAGGGUAAAAAAAACAGUUUGCAUCUCCUAAGACGUUUCUCAUUAUUGUUUUAAAACGGGACAAAAAACAACGCAUUUUGUCUUGCGUUGAUUGGCAUAGGCCAAAACCAUUUAAAUCAGAUUAAAUGUCAUCAACUACCUUUUAAAAUAUGUAUUCACAGGCCCUAAUUAAUUUUUGAAACACUUAUCGUUGGGCUGCGAAGUCUCCAAGGGGAAUGUGAGCAGUUCCAAAGACGGCAAUUCCCCUGAUGAUGAAAGGGUUUCUCCUGAGGGCUGAACCCUGGCAUCAAUAUCUGUAACGAAUUAGCUAUUGAGAUGGGCGCCUGGAUUGAUUUUCUGUGGAUUUAAUGCUGGAUUUUGGUUAUUUAUGAGCUGCAUAUACAAAAGCUGGAGAGACAUUUGGGCCCCUUAUAAAGCUGCCAAGAGAGGCCCUGAAUUGCAGAAAUUUUCUGGAGUGGGUAGAUGGAGUGAGGUGGAAAGUAGGUGGGGCUAAUAUAGUCCAGAGUCUCAUGUUGCUGUUGUGUGGGACAGCAAAACGGUGGACCAUGCUAGAGCUCCUAUCAAACUUUAGGGACACACUCCAAAUCCUUUCCAGAAAA